GGAGGGAGUAAAAACUAAAAACAGACGUAAGAACACAUGACUACAUGAGUCGGUUGGAAAAGAGGUUUCAGUCGGUGCUCUACAAAUCGAAGUUAGGGUUCAUCAAACUGCGGGGAUCGAAAUCAAUUGAUUGUGUAUGUUGGUUUGGUUUGUGAAUGUUGAUACAUUCAUAUACAUAAAUCGGGGUUGUUCAGCUGGUACAAGUGGCGGCAAAGACGGUGACGGUGGCGGAGUAAGCUGGGAUUCGGCGGUGAUACGGGAGCACAUGUGUCUUUAACCAACUUUCAGCAAAGGUCUCACCAAUAUGCCGGUGUAAAGUGGCCUAGUUGACAAGUUGCCAAGGUUGACAGAGUCGGCCAAGUUGACGAGUUGGCCGUGUUGUUGCUGAUACAAAUUGAUUUUUUAGUACCCAUCAUUCACUCUUGUCUGCAGAACCCUCUUCGGGCAAAGAAUCAAAUUAUUUCCAUGUUAUUUUACUUCUGCGUAGUGUAAUUGUUGAAGUAUCAAAUUAUAAUCUCCAUACAUUACAAACAUUUGUUUUCCUAUACUCAUAAACAUGGCUGAUGCAUUUGUAACUGAUCUUGCCAGUGGCCUGGUUUUCAAGCUUGUUUCACUUGCGGCUGAAGAAGUGAUCCAGGCUUGGAAUCUUCAGGAAAAUCUGGUAAUGCUGCGAGAAAGGUUGGAAACUAUUGAUGCUCUCUUGUCUGAUGCUGAUAGCAAAAAGCUUAACAUGUCUGCUGUCCAGAGCUGGUUCAACAAGCUGGAGGAUGUUGCUCGUGAAGCUGAUGCUUUCAUGGAUGAACUUGCUUAUGAAGUCACUCGGCGAAAGGUUGAAAAUCGCGGUAUGUUAGGGCAUUUCUUUUCUACUAAAAACAGCGUACUUUAUCGUUCUAAGGUUGCUCAUAAGAUCAAGUCUAUCCAUACUUCUUUCGACAAUAUUUUUCAAUUGGCCAGAGAUCUCGGACUUCAGCCUGUGGCGCAGUUAACUACUACUGUGCAGCCCAGGGAAAUGCGCAAUACUCCCCCCUUUGAAUACGAGUCGCUAAUAGUGGGAAGAGAUGAUGAAAUAUCAUUUUUAGUCGAUGCAGUGUGCACAAAUCAUGCGGAGGAUUUGCCAGUCAUUGCUGUCAUGGGGAUGGGAGGUCAAGGCAAAACAACUCUUGCUCGUAUGGUUUACAAUAGUGAUGUUGUCACCGAUACGUUCAAGAAGAGGAUGUGGGUCACUGUAUCAGAUGAUUUUGAUUUCAUGAAGAUUUUAAAUCAAAUGGUAGCAUCACUCACUUCAACUGCUUCCGUGUUGGAAAAUACAGAAGGACUCAUCAAAAUUCUUCAAAACUCUUUAAGGGGGUAA